AUGAAUCUUCUAAACGCUCUAAACGUACUCCUAUUUCAUGCACACAGAUUAGUCUCUUCAUCUCAAAACGAGCAUCUUGUUAAGCAAACCCUUGAAGACUUCCUACUCGGCAUCCAUGAUGCUUUGAGAAUUUUGGACAAGACCGCCGCCGCCAUCCUGCUUCUAACAUCCCAAGGUACGUAUCGCUUGAUCAUGAGGACUAUCGUCUUCGCAAAGAAGCAUGACGACUUUCAGAGGCUUGUCAGAACCUUUUCCAAGGUAAUCCUCUCUCGACACCGAGGGCUAGCACCAAAUCAUAAGCCCCUGGAAAUCUUAGAAGACCUCAUACCUACCAAGGAGAAGAUUCUAGAGCAACGUCCGGAGAGCUUAUUUCUAGCUCUCGUUAGGACUUCCAUCGUCCGACACUUUAGAAUACUAUAUGAGUGCGAUAUAAGAGACAGAGAGAAAAGGGGACUAUUAACGCCAGACAUGAGAUCGUCGACACCGCAAGGUGCCAAUUCAGCUGAUGGCGAUACUAUCACUGGGCAGUGCAAAUCUCCCCAGUCGAAUAAAUCAGCACCCGGCGAGGCAAACCAGACAGCCGAACGAGACGGCGAGGCACGAUCAGAGAACCAACUAACGGUGCUAUCGAUUGAUGUGAAUCGCUACAAUACGGAAAUUGCUGGGAUCGACUCUGCCAGUCCUACUUCUGACGAGAAAUCCGCGCCCCCUAUCUCUGAGGCUGGCAUGAUGUCAUUUCCUAGGGCACCCAAAAUUCCAAAUGGACAGGAAAAAGGCAUUUGUCCAAUAUGCAAGCAGGAAUUCCCCGCAGAAGAGUUGCAGGGCGAUAAGUGGAUAGUUCACGCUACCAAAGAUAUUAAGCCUUAUGUCUGCAUACAUAAGGACUGCAUGUCGGACAUUCAGUUCUUCGAGCACCGUAGAGAUUGGAUUGACCAUAUGCAUAAAUUUCACAUGCCUUAUUGGAUACUAUGCCUGUACAAUACAUUGAGGUGGAAGUGCUCUCUGUGUUGUUCAGACUCUGCUGCGGAAUUUAUUUCUGAAGAAGAGGUGAAAAUGAGCUUUAUGGAGCAUCUUGAGCAGUUGCAUCCUGACACCAAAACGGAGAAGCGGCAAAAAUUGGCCAAUUGGUGUGAGGUGCGUCAGCUCAGGUCCUUGAAACAUUGUCCAAUUUGUGGAGUUCGCCCCAAACCACGGUCUAUAUUACGUACGUCUCAAUCAAAAGUCACGAAGGGAGAUACCAGAGCUGGACCUCAAGUACUAGAGGCCGGGGAAAUCAAGGACGGUUCCAAUUCCGAAGCUAAGCAUACCGUGAGGUUUGCUGAUCCUGAAUCCUCGCACGAGAACUGCCACUCAGAACCAGUAACAGAUUACGAGAGAGCCGAACACUGCGUUGCUGAGCAUCUAAGAGCACUAGCCCUUAAUUUCUCAGCCUUUCUUAUGGAUGAUGAUGAUACCGAUGACCAACGACGCUCCGAUGUACCACUAGAUUGA